AUGGGAUUCGAGCCAACUCUUCGUUUUCGUAGACUCUAUCUUAUCUUUGAGGAAAACAAAGAAUGUUUAGGAAAAUUACCAUUGGAAGCAAUUCAUGAGUGUAGUGGAAAUGAUUUACUUUAUAAAGUAGUGAAGAAAGAAGCAUAUUUUGUACGUAACAUAGUGUUGAGUACGAAACCUUUUUUAAGAUACCUGAGUUGUCCUAAUACAAGCGACGUGGUACUACAAUUAUUCAAUGAAUGCGAAGCAGAUAUUGCUACAAUCAAUCCGCCUUCAUUAAGUGAUCAUAAGCUUAAAAGGCGUCGAAUAAAUUAG